AUGGUUGAUGCAGAGGAGGCGCUGAUGGGAGAGGAGCUGACCACCCAGCCGGCAGUUCAGACGGUGCGUCUCUGCCGGUGGAAGGUUGCUGGGAUUUCGAUGGGGGCUUUGGCCCUCGGUGCCACGGUGCUCUUCAUGGCCGACCCGUGCCAGAUCCCGGUUCACACGCUCUUCCAGGCGUCUCCGCUCCAGCUGUCUGAAGAGGGCCAGAUCGAGUCGGCAGCGAAAAAGCUCCGUGAGGUCAAGUCGAGAGCGGAGGCGGACGAGAUGGUUGCUAGGGCGUUGGAGGCGGCCAAGACAGAAAGCAAACAUCACAAGCUCGCCACGCUCCCGCCGGAUGCUCGCUCCCUCGCGACUCCCAAUCCGUACUUCCACUUUCAGAAUCUGGAGCUCUACAAGAAUGCCAAGGUCUUGGAUGCACAUGCCAGGACGAACGUAAACUCCUAUGUGGGCAUCAGAGACCCAGAUUUGAAGCAACAAGAGAACUUCCGUCAAGCCUUCUGCGUGUUCAAUGCCGUGGAGACGAUUGACAGCAUCGGUGGCACCGGGAUUGACAUUGAAUCUAUUGUUCAUACUUGCCCUGAGCCGCGCAAUGAUGUCGGCGAGUUUGCUUGUACAGUAAAUUCCGAGACGUUGGUCGAGAUGGUUGGAAGUGCUGCAACCUGGUUGUCCAACGCAGUUUCCAGCUGUGGUGUUCUUCCGAGUGUCUCCGGCUCAGUUGAAUUCUGCACUGAGCUAGCGCCAAUAAAUUCCGAUUGUAGUUAA